ACACAUUUUUUCUAUUGUGAAAAUUCUGAUUUAACCAUCACACAUAGUUUAAUGAUGAUAAAUGGUACAAAUGAUACCAAAUGGUCAGAAGAACUUUUUUUUAUUUGCCAGGGUUUGUCUCAUGCACCGGUAGAGCUGUUCCACUCUGCAAUCUCGAUCCGGUUAUUUACCCCGUCAACGAGGCUUAUUGGAUGUUUGCUCCUCGAUGGCUUUUUACAAAUAUUUCUUUUUGAUUGCGUAUUUCAGAGUUUUAGUCAGUUCUCACCCUGUAGAUUCUGCAGCCUGGGGGAAGAAAACAUCCAGGGUCCUCAAGGAAGUGGAAAAAUACCAAGAUGUUGCUCAACAGAUAAUUGAUUUCACUGUCAAUGGCAAAGGAAAAGGACAAACCUAUAACAGACUGGCUACUUUUACAGAUAAAUUUGGUAAUAGGAUUGCAGGAUCCCAGAAUUUAGAAAAUGCUAUAGACUACAUGCUACAGCAGUUAAAGAAGGAUGGUCUUCAGAAUGUUCACGGAGAAGAUGUCAUGGUGCCACAUUGGGUGAGAGGAAAUGAGUCUGCCACUAUGCUCCUCCCAAGAGUACACAAAAUGGCAAUGUUGGGAUUAGGCUCGUCUGUUGGUACUCCCUCUGGUGGAAUACAAGCUGAAGUUUUAGUUGUGAAAUCAUUUGAUGAACUCAAGAAGAGAGCUGAUGAGGCAAAGGGCAAGAUAAUAGUGUACAACCAGCAGUGGGUAGACUAUGGUACUUCAGUUGCUUACAGAGACUUUGGGGCUGAUAAUGCAGCUAAGGUUGGAGGUAUAGCAGCACUGAUAAGAUCUGUUGCUCCCUUUUCUAUCAACAGCCCACACACUGGCUGGCAGGACUAUAGUAACACAACUAAACGAAUACCAACUGCAUGUAUAACUAUAGAGGACGCAGAGAUGAUGAACAGGAUGGCAGACAGAGGCACAAAAAUUGUUGUUCAUUUGCAAAUGGAUGCCAAAAACCUUACCCCUGUGAAGUCCAGAAAUACUGUGGCAGAAAUUGUAGGAUCAAAAUACCCAGAACAGGUUGUUUUGGUCAGUGGCCAUUUAGACAGCUGGGAUGUUGGCCAAGGUGCUAUGGAUGAUGGAGGAGGAGCUUUUAUAUCAUGGCAGGCCUUAUCUACCAUACGUCAGAUGGGACUCGAGCCUAAAAGAACCAUGAGGGCCGUGAUGUGGACUGCUGAGGAAGAAGGAGUGAUAGGAGGGCAAGCUUACUACAACACACACAAGGUCAACGCCAGCAAAUAUGAUAUUGUAAUGGAAUCUGACCUGGGCACAUUUACCCCAACUGGCAUACAGUUUCAUGGUAGUGACUCGGCAGCAGUAAUCAUGGAGAAGGUGGCUAGCCUGCUGAAACCCAUCAAUGCCUCAAAGGUGAACAGACUCAAAGAUAGAGUUGAUGGUGAAGACAUCAGCCAAUGGCAGACACAGUCCAAUGUUCCAGGAGCAAGCAUUGACACACAAAAUGACAAAUAUUUCUUUUUUCAUCAUUCUAAUGGUGACACAAUGACAGUCUUGAACUCCCAUAGUUUAGAUCUAUGCUCUGCAGUGUGGGCUGUGAUGGCUUAUGUUACAGCUGAUUUGGAAGACAUGUUACCCAGGUAGAACUCAAAUGUUUAACAGUCCCUUUAAUUAGCACAGUUCAUAGUGAGGAGGCUGUUGACUGUGAUAUUAUUUUUAUCUCUAUAAAAUGGUAGUAUUUGUGACAUUUAAUAUAAUAUUUAGAUGAAAAUCAUAUAAUGUAAUGAAAAUGUUUAAAACAUUUGUAACCAAACAUUAUUGAUCUUAUGUGCAUUUAGAAUUAUCAGUUUCCAUUCCACCAAGCAAUAAUUGUUGUUUGCUUGAUUCAUUGAAUUAUAUGAGCAAGAGAAUUGACCUUUCAUAAUUAUUGAUGGCUGUAGUUUAUAAGAAUGAUUUACAACUAGAGACACAAACUAUACUUUUCAUAGUUAUCAAAGAUUUUUUCUUCAUAUACAGUUUUUAGAGGUUUUUUAAAUGUUUAAGUAUCAGCCUUCUUAAUUUUUUGGGAAACCGUCUGGUAAUUCCAUUUUCUCACUCUGGAUAUCAGAGAUUAUGUAACGGUAAUAGUAACAUAUUCAUUUAGAGCCUAAAGAUAUAACAUUCAUUGGACUUUACAGCUAGUCAACAGUGCAAUUUUUUUUCAACAUAGCUAUAGAAAAAUUCGAAAUAAAUAUACUUCAAGAGCCAUGU